CCCCCCCCCCCCCCCGGCCUCCCGCUCCCUUUCUCUCCCCGGCCUCAUUACACUGGAUCACGGUUAAGAUGCUUUAAGGGGCAUGGAAGAGUUUGUGGCGGAGUUUGAGGAGCUGGGCGGUGCUACUGUUAAGUGGCUCCAGAAUCUGUACAGGUUUACAGAGGAGAACCUCCUUCCUGUAGUGCAUUCUGAAAUAACUUGCAAAGAGCUGAGCGCCUGUCUUGUUAAAUGCCUGCACAGAAUUUGUCUCAAUUGCAGUGAUCCCUGCUGCCAACAAGGAAAAAAUGAGCUUGCUCUUUUAAAUUACAGAUUUGUAUCUCUUUGUGAGCUCCAAUCACAGCAGAAGAGCCCAUGUUGUAGUCAUCUAGCGUGGAGCGCUAGUCAGUUUGAGGAAUGGAGUCAGGGCAAAGAAAGCUUUCCAGAUGGACACAAGCCACUCAGUCGCACAAACCUGCUGCUGUGUGGCUAUCUAACAGACAAGAUCUGUAAUAUUCCAGGUACUUCAGAGAUUACAGGAGAGCAGAGCGAUGGAAAUUUGUAUCUGCAGGGCAAGAAUGGAUUCAUUCCUUGUGAGAUUCUCAAACUGGAUCUGCAAUGGUUGGGGCAUUUGGUACUGUUUUCAAGCUGGAGUUAUAUUCCUAUGAAAGAUUGGAGACCAUAUGGAAUAGAAACUGGUUACCUUGAAAUAAUGGAAGCCCCGUGCCUCGUGCUUCCAAAACAGACAGUUGAUAAACUAAUGGGACCAAGCAGCCUGAACGUAUUGCUGCCUGACACUGCUAUUCAUCUCCUGAACAAAGGGGUUCAUCGUCAAAGAGUGAAGCUGAACAUAGCUGGAGAACUUUGCCGCCUGAGUUCAGUGUUGAGUAUCCGAGGGAAAACCUUCUUCUUCUUCUUUCUCAGCUCGUUUACAUCUGAUACUUGCCUUCCAGUUGUCAUUAAGGUUCCUGACAAACUCAUGUGGCAUCAAUGCUUAGAAGUUUCAAAGCAAUAUAUUAUCACAAAAGUCUUCAUUUCCAGCAUCCAAGGCACCAAUUAUAAGGUGUUUGUAGUGUCGUCAUCCUCCGACUUCUAUAAUUAUAACGAGGGAAUUGUUAAAGAACAAACAUUGGCAGAAUUUAUGCAAGCUACAAGUACAAGUCUGGUGCCACCUCCUCCCAAUGAAGGAUCUUUUCAGAGGAGACUGUCAAUGAGCCAGUCACCUCAAAGCACCAUGGAAGAAGUUCUUGAGAGCAAAGAAUCUAAAAUAAUAUCGUACCAUGGUGUGAUAAGUAAAGUAUUGAAUUGUAGAGCAGGCCUUUAUGAACUGGAUGGCAAAUUUGGUCUUUGUGUAGCCUACCAGCAGUUAGUGAAUUAUGGACGAGGUUUACGUCCGGGAGCACAAGUGGAGGUCUUUGACGCCCACGUGCAUGUGAAGGUCUCGGACCAUCUCCCACACAUCAUGCUUUGCUGCUGUCUCAGGAGCAUCUUGCAAAUCACACGAUUUUCUCGGCUGAGUACAGAAUAUCAUCCUUUCUCUCCCAGCUGCAACAUAUAUAUCCACUUGCUGUUCAAGUAUAACCUGGAUCUGCCCAGUUACCUGUGGCUAGUGCACAUUAUAGACACAUUUGUACAAAGAUUUUGCCCUUGCUAUACUUCACAGCAGCACAUGUUAAAGUGUGGAACCAAUGCUGGCAUCAUUGGGACAUUGUUUAACUGUAUUCUUGACUGUACGAAGUGGAAUUCACCUCAACCAACAAGGGACAUAUACCAGGAGAUACUAGCGGAGAUGCAUAAGUGUCCUGUUAUGGAGAUCUCACGUCUGAAUAUUCCAUGCCAGAUGCCAUCUUUGGCAGAACUGUUAUCCAUGGCUGAAGAACAAGCGUGGAACUCUCUCGACUUGUCCUCCUUGUUGCCAGAUAAUGAGAUAAGACACUUGGUAGCCUCGCAGCUUAAUAGUAAGCUUGCCUGGUCGUUUGAUGUUUUAGGACCUGAAGAUUUCCAACCCCAAAUGAUAUUGAAUGGGGUGUUCCAGGCUAAUUCAGUGACAGGUCAUUUGCAACUUGUGGAUGCAUCGGGUUCACUAGACUGUGUUUUGCAAAACUCUGAAGAGAGCCAAACAGCAUUUAGUGAUACCUCAUAUAUAGGCUGUCUGGUGCAGCUGCAGAAAUACCGAGUGGUUUUGGAGCGAUUUAUGCACUGUGAUUUCCCCUCCUCCAAAUACCUUGACGAUUCUACAUUUGUUAAGGAGAAACACACCAGGGUCUACGUUGAGUGCUGUGCGGGUGAUCUGCAAGUGUUGGGGAAGAGUGCGAGUCCAGAGAGAGCAAGCCCAACGCCACCAGCCACUACUGGAGUGAAUGCCCGAACCUGCAGCUGCAAUGGUGCAUGCAAAAACCAUGAGGUCAAUAGCAUCACAUCCAAUCAGCACCAGCACGGCCCUUCCCUUCCCAAAAUGCCUCUGCUGGAGGAAGUUGUGCUGCAAGAAGGCCAUGUUGGUGAAAGUAGGAGAACUGUCUGUUCACACCCAUUAUGGAGCGGCAGAGCAGCGGCGGCGUCCCCGAGCGUGAAGGAGCAGCAGCAGCAGCAGCGAGGAGCAGCUACUUGCACUGUCCACCCGGCAGCAUGCAAAGGCAAGAGGAAACACAAACGCCGCAGUGUAGGCUGCGUUACACAGUUAAUGGUAGUAACUCACAAAGAUGCCUUGAUGCUCAGGAACUGUCAAUAUGGCAGAAGCGAAGGCUCUGAGCAUACUAAUGGUUCUGUCGAAGCACUCGGCAAGAGGACUAAGGCAGGGCUGGGGCUUUCUUUCCACGUUACUGCAUUUACCCUAGAAAGCCCCAGACGCUGGAAAGAUGAAGGAAGCAUCGAGGGAUUGCUGGAACUGGAAACAGACCCCACUCUUUGUUCCGAAUACAACAACCGUACACAAGUGCAGCUGGAUUUCAUGGGUGAAGCUGUGAGGUGGUACCAUCUGAUAAACCACGAGGGAGUUUACCGAGUCAUUGGACCAGAACAGGUGGGAGCAUCUGUUUUUGAACAGCACUCUUCCUCCAUUCCAUUGAAGACUCUACAGAGCAUGAAUUGCCCUCGCUGCCUUGUUGUUCAACCUGACUGGAAGUUCCAGUAUAUUUCCACGUUCUCUGAUUUACGCCAAUCCCCACUUUCCAAAAAACAAACAAAUACAUUUGCUUACUUUGAAAAAUUGGCCUCAGAAAUUCCUCAUCCAAGAACUGUUCGAGACGUACUCUCUGGCAGUUUCUCAGCAUCGCUUGUCUCUUUCACGGGAAUUAUAUUGGAAAGAAUGUGCUUUGAAUCCAAAAGAAGGCCCAACUUUCCAUCUUUUAUAACUGAUAUCAAUACAAAAGGUGUAUUGGUUCCUGGUGACUGGGGUCUGAAGUUCACCAUUGGUCAUGUUCAGGAUAGAACCAUAGCCUUGGAUGUCUAUGUCGACCUCUCGCAAUUAACCUACACCAUUGGGAUCUUGCCUGGAACCAUUGUGGCAUUCUAUAAUUUAGAGAGAAUUACAUCCAGGCACAACAAUGUGUACUGCAAAUUCGUGCCUUGGAGCAGUGUCUCAGUCCUUGCGUUUUCUUCGUCGGAGGAUAAAAGUUCAUCAAGAAGUACACUGAUUACAGACCGGCCCCAUGUCUAUCUUGGAGAUUUAAUCUCUGGGAAGGAGAGCUGCCGACAGGGCACUGUUUGCUGCCAUGUGGUUAACCUUCAAUGGAUGAAACUACAGUGGGUGUGCAGUCGUUGCAGCAGUAUUUAUAAACAGGGAAGGUGUACGAGAAGUUCUGAACCCUGCCCGUCUGCAGUCGGUGUAUUUCAUGCUAAUACAAAGAUUAUUGUGGAGGAUGGCACGGCAGAGGCUUGGGUGCAUUGUAAAGAUAAACAGGUGGCAGACUUGUUGCAACUCAGCUCCACAGAGUGGGAAGGACUGCAGCAACAUGUCGGUCAGCGGGGAAAUGUGUUUUUCCAGUACCAGGGUCGCAGUGGACACGAAUUGCAUGAAGAGAAUACUGGAGAUCUCCUAAUGCAGUACCUUGGAACAGUCUGUGCCAGCACCAUGGUCUGCAGGCCCAUUCAGCUUGCCUUCAAAGUUGACUCGAGAGUCAAACCCAAGUUGGGACACACUGAAACCUUUCAAAUGAGGAUAUUGAGAAGUGGAGAUCACCAGUAUUGCACCAAGAUGGCGCCUGGCUUGUCUUUGACUUGUUUGCACAUAAAGGAAGUGGACUAUCGAAUGCUUUGCCACUUGGGAAAUGAUAGACUGAUCUGAUAGUUAUUGGAAUUCUUUGACUUGUGCAGCUGUAGCCUAAGAAAUAAGCCCUCGCAUGAAUCAAGAAAUGAUUGUCGAUGUUUAGAAUGUGUUGCUAACUGGAAUAAUUGAUACAUCGCAGCCCGUUGAGGGAAAAUAAUAUUAUAAUGAAUUAAAUUGACUGGUUUUACCCAGUGUGUUGUUACAAAACAAUACUUUAAUUACCAUUUGUAAUUAACAAAAUCCCCAUUAAAUGCAACAUGGAAUGAUUUAAAUUGUAAUAUUUAUUUUGACAAUGUACAGUGUAUAACUUUGAAAAUAAAUCUGUUUUAUUUCAACAUUAAUUGUGUAUUGUGUCCUUGCAUUAAAUUAUGUUUUAGUUUUUUCAUGUGGUAUAGGAAAAGCCAUUGGAUUUGAACAGCCAAUAAUUUGUUGUUGCACUUUCAGCUCAACAAAUGAAAACUGUUUCAUCCCUGUUUUGGUACAGAUAGUAUCCACUAUAUCCAAUGACUUUUCUGUUAGUUGCCUGUUUACAGCCUAGAAAGCCUGGUGUUAUUUUGUUGUAUCUUUCUGCUCCAUACUCCCUGCUCACCCUUCCAACGAAACAUGGUUGUCAGUGGUGUUAUAAUAGAAAUGACUUGAGUCGAUGAGUCUGUAUCUUUGUAAGUGCUAAUAUUGAAAUAGUUUAUGAAAUACUUGUUGACCAAAGUUAAAAAUGUAUUGGAGCAAUCUGGCCAAGCAACCUGGCUUCCUGGCUGAUUGUAGUAGUGUUCUUCAGUGCUUUUGUCCUUGUAAUGUCAGUUUUCAGUUGAGCUUAAAUUGGAUCAAUUCAUGUUUUUAUUUGGAUCUCUGACUUUGAGCAGAGUACUGCCAAAUGUUGGGUACAAAAUGUGAACCAAUACUAAUUUUCCUUAAAUCUAAAAAUCCUAUAUGCCGACUUGGAAAUUAUGUGAAAUUGUUGUAAUGACCCCACUUAAUAUCCAUUUGAGGUUAUGGGUUUGUGAUCAUUCCAGGGGAGGAUGACUAGAUUCAUUUUUCAUUGGAAUUUGCAUGUUGCCUGAAGCCUUUUUCAUAUUUCUGUGUAUAUGAAUACAUUUUUGAACAUUGAAGUAGAAUGCUUGGCAACUUGUGCAUGGAAGUACAAUAGUAUUGUUUGCCCCAUAAGAGAUAGAAUAUUGAAAUUAAUAUUCUUGAAUUCGGUUAUUUUGAGUGACAACUUUUUAUUUUACCCGAGUGGCAUUUUGUAUCCCUUCGAACUUGAAACUGCUCGAGUUCUGAUUUAGCAAUUUAUUUCAUAGAUUUUCUUUAAUUUAAAAAAAAAGUCUGUUUGUAGAGUAAAUUGUGUCACCAGUUAAUGAAACAGUAAACACCUCCAUCUUGAAAAGACCCAUAUAUAUCAUGGUAUUGCUCCAAGUAUAACAAAGAUUUUAUUAAAUUGAUUUAAUCUUUAUGAAUUUGUACUAGUCUGUUGCUGUAAGAUUAAAGAUAAUUGAGUGUUAUUGUCUAUGAAUAAGUGUUGAGGUUGCAAGGUUAACUUGAGUUUUGUGGAAGUUGUGUAUGAAAUUAAAAUUGAAUUGAAUUAAUUGAAUUAAUUUUGGAAUUCACUACCAAGAAGCCGUGGACGCUUGGUUGCUGAUUAUAUUCAAGAGAGCUCAAUAGAUUUUCAAUGAUGGAGGAAUUACAUAAUCUAGGGUUUAGUGAGGAAAAUGAGCUGUGGUACAAGACCAGCCAUGGUAAUAAUCAAUGUCAGAUCAGGCAUAAGAGGGUGAAUAGCUUGCACCAUAGGUAAUGUUUUGAGAAUGGUUUAUGGUGAAUGGUACUUGCCUUGUGAAACAAAUUUGGGGUUGAAGUAGGUUAAAAUUGCUUCUUUCUUGGAAGGGAAUGCAAUGAGCACCAUUGGAAGGAAAAGGUAAAACCCAAUAAAGCUACUAGGUGUUAAUACCUGAAAAUAAAUACUUGCACUUGUAUACAGUGUUUCACAACGUCGGGGCAUUCCCAAUUGUUUGGCCUAUGAAGUGAAUUUUUGUUUAAAUCUUGCAAUGCAGGAAUAUGUAAUGUGUACAGGAAUUAAUCAUGUGACUUAUUGGAAUAUUAUGUUGCUAAAUCCUGCUACUGACCUCGAAGCAAUGUAUAAUUGUUAUUGACAUGAUGGAUUUCAAUGAAUUUGGCUGAGAAUUAUUUAAAAGUGCACUGUAUUUAAUGUUAUAACCUUUUGAUUUUUGAUGAAGAUGUGUCUUAUCAAUUUGGUUUGCUGCUUGACAUUACAUCAAUUUGGAUUUUGAAAUGUGUUUCUGGUCUUUUAUAUUAAUUUGGCUUGAAUUUAAGAUGUAUCAAACCUUGAGUGGCACAAUGUAUAUGGGGAGAAAAUUAAAAUAUUUUCUACUUAAA